AUGCUGAGAUGCUGCACAGUGUGUUGUGGCGUUCAGGACAGUGCAUCUCCCGGACAGAAGAGCUUCUCGCCAACCUCUCAGUGGUACCCAGAGAUAGUGAUCCAGAUGGACAGAGCAACGAGGCGUAUAGAGCCAUGGAAGAUAGCAGUCAUUGUUGUGUCAGUGAUAGUAGGCUUAGCCCUCAUCAUUGGCUUGAUUACAUUUUUUUUGUGUAACGAUCAAGACAGAUAUUACAAUGUGUCUUUCUUAAUCACCAAUGUCAACUACGACCCUCAGUAUGAAAGGCAAACCACAGAAGAGUUCAGGAACCUAAGUGAAGAGAUUGAAACCAUGAUGUCUGAAGUAUUCAAGAACUCCUUUCUAAGUAAAAGGUACAUCAGGUCUCACGUUGUCAGUCUAAGCCCAGAUCCUGGUGGAGUGCUUGCAUCUGUUGUUCUGGUAUUUAAAUUUGCCUCUGCUGACAGAGAAGCAACGACCUGGGGUCAUGUCAACCGUGUGUUACGCAGAAGGCUGAAAGCAACCUCAAGGGACUUGGAUGUUGACCAGUCUACCAUUCGACUCACAGAGCUGAAUAAGGAAAAGGGAGAUAACCUAUUAAACAACUGCUGUGGAAUACGGAGAGAGACAUUCUCCUUCACAGGAGUGGAGAGAAUAAUUGGUGGGCAGCGUGCGCAGGAUGGAGAAUGGCCAUGGCAGGCCAGUAUUCAGCUCGACGGGACCCAUCGCUGCGGUGCAUCAAUCAUCAGCAAUACCUGGCUAGUGACUGCAGCCCACUGCUUUAGAGAAGGAACUGAUCCUCGGAGGUGGACUGCCAGCUUUGGGAUUCUGCUGAGACCUCCAAAACAGAGAAAACUUGUCCGAAGAAUUAUUGUUCAUGAAAGAUACGGUAACGUUAUCCUUGAUCACGAACAUGAUGUGGCUGUUGUGGAACUUGCAUCUGCUAUUGAGUUCACAAGUGAUGUGCACAGUGUGUGUCUUCCUGAAGCAUCUCACAUUUUCCCAGACAACACUUCCUGCUUUGUCACAGGUUGGGGAGCUUUGGAGAAUGAUGGCUAUAGUGUUAAUCAGCUUCGACAAGCAGAAGUGAAAAUUAUAAGUACUGAGAUCUGUAAUAGUAGACGAGUAUACGGUGGAGUGAUAACACCUGGAAUGUUGUGUGCUGGAUACUUGGAGGGGGAGGUGGAUGCUUGCCAGGGUGACUCUGGUGGGCCACUGGUACAAGUGAACUCCAGAGGAAUCUGGUAUCUUGUGGGAAUAGUGAGCUGGGGAGAUGAAUGUGGAAAGCCAAAUAAACCAGGAGUGUACACACGAGUGACUUACUAUCGAAAUUGGAUCCGCUCCAAAACGGGCAUCUGA